AUGGGAUCUAUGAAGUUCGGAUCAGGGACUCUGGCAGCUGAGGUUGACUAUCUCAAGGAAAACAAUCCAAAUCAGUUGUUUUGCAUCCACUCUAUUUCUUCCGACAUCUCGCAGGGAUGGCGCAAGGUUACAAUGAAGGACCUGUCGGGCGCGGUGGAUUAUCUAGCCAAGUGGAUUGAAGAAAACGUGUCUCCAGGAUCAAACCAAGAGACAUUGGCAUAUCUUGGAUCGAACGACAUACGCUACAUUGCCUUUAUCCUUGCCUGUAUGAAGAUUGGACAUAUACCAUUGCUGCUCUCACCCCGAAAUUCGUCGGAAGCCUCCCACCACAUUCUUGAGAAAACUGGUUGUUCGAAGUUUGUCUAUAGUGUGGAACGAGAGAAGCAAGUUCAUGAAAUGCAAAAAGGAGAUCCAAACAUCAAGGCGUGGACAGCACCGGAGCUUUGGGGGGUUUUCAACAAUGAUGAAGUCCCGUCGUAUCCCCUGAAGGGGACGCAGCCAAGAGACGUAGAGGAUGAGGUUGCUCUAAUCAUCCAUAGUUCUGGAACAACAGGUUUACCAAAGCCAGUGCCACUUACCCAUGGAUACAUCGCCGCGCAGAAUAUGAUACAAAAGAUGGCAACGCCACCAGGAAGAUCGAGCAGCCUUUUCAGUGUCACUGAACACGGGAAACUAGCUGUUACAAUGAGCCCAUUCUUCCAUUUUAUGGGCUUACUUAUGUCGAUUGCCGCAAUUUGUGGCGAGACACCAUUUGUGCUGAGUCCAGAAAAGCCGAUGACGGCUGAGUUGUUAGCCACAAUUGUCCGCGACACUGGAGCCACAACAGCGGUUCUUCCUCCGUCAGUUGCAGAAGAGCUCUAUGCCUCCAAGUUAGGACAAGAGACUUUGGCUAAGUUUCAUUUCAUCGGAGUUGGAGGCGCACCGCUGUCACCGGUAAUUGGCGACAAACUCUGCAAAUUGACUCACGUCCAGAGUGUACUGGGUGCAAGUGAAAGUGGCCUGAUCGCUUCGCUGAAGGCAGAAGAACGUGAAGAUUGGGAGUAUUUGGAAUGGAAUCCGUUCUAUGGGGUUGAUAUGCAAGACCAAGGGGAUGGGAGCUUCGAGUUGGUCAUACCACGAGGAGAAAAUCGGCACGUCCAUGGCAUUUUUCACACAUACCCAGAUAUUCAGCAGUACCACACGGGAGAUCUUUUUUCUCCUCAUCCACAGAAGCAAGGGCUAUGGAAAUAUAUUGGUCGUGGAGACGAUAUAAUAGUUCUCAGCAACGGAGAGAAAUUUAAUCCAACAACCAUGGAAACCAUUAUUCAAGGGCAUCCCUUGGUGUCAAAAGCCCUUGUUAUAGGACAAGGGAGAUUCCAAGCAGCUCUCCUCUGUGAGCCAAAUUGGAACGAUUGGCAGGGAGAUGAAAAGGAUUUCAUCGAGGAAGUCUGGCCCAUGGUGCAAAAAGCGAACGUGGGUGCUCCGAGCCAUGGCCGCCUUAUGAAAUCAAAAAUUGGCCUGUCAUCUGUUUUAAAACCUUUCAAAACCACACCGAAGGGGACUGUCCAACGACGCAUAGCCACGGCAGACUACAGUGACGAGAUCGAAGCGUUGUACUAUAAGUCUGACGACGAGAUUGUUGGUAUCCCCAAGGAUGCAACAGUAAAGGAAAUUCUUCCGCACGUCAAGGAACUAGUGUUAAAACUGCUUGAGUUCCAAGAAGUUGGCGACGAUAGCGAUAUAUUCUCUCUAGGUCUUGAUUCACUACAGUCCCUCCAACUUGGCCAGGUUUUACAAAGCGCGGUCCGUAUUCAUCACCCACAGCUGAGUAACGAGGCAUUCUCUAGCCGUCAAAUAUACUCGCACCCAUCUAUAUUUGCUCUUUCACGCUACGUGUAUGACCUCAUCCAGGGCAAAGACACGGCAGAUGAGAACAGGAUGGAACCGGUGGACGAUAAUGAACGAUCCUCCAAGCUUUCAGCUCUAGUAGGAAAAUACACCGCAGGUCUAGUUGAGAAGCAUUCAGUAAUUCUUACCGGCUCAACCGGAUCGCUCGGCAGCUACCUGCUUCAUGAGCUACUUCUAGAUCCCACGGUCGCUAAAGUAUAUUGCUUAAACCGCUCAGAAGAUGCAGCUUCCAGACAGGUGCAGAGUUUCCAGGAAAAGGGCUUAACAUCCACCGGAUCUUUCGCUUCUAGAGUUGAAUUCCUCCAUGCCAAAUUCGGAGAUGAGCGUCUUGGACUUGCAAACGAUGUUUAUGACCGGCUUCUCCAAACUGUUGAUACGGUAGUUCACAACGCUUGGAAGGUUAAUUUUAACCAUCAAGUCGAAGCAUUUGAACAGCCACACCUAGAAGGAGUUCGUCGACUUGUUGACUUCAGCAUCUCCAGCAUUCAUCGUGCCCAUAUCCAUUUCAUAUCCUCGAUUUCCACAGUGGAAGGGUGGGAUAGCGCCAAGCGCGGACCAUUGAUCCCUGAAGAGAUAUUUGAAGAUGCCGACGUGGUAAUGCGUACAGGCUAUGGAGAAUCCAAGCAUGUGGGAGAGCGUGUCUGUGCCUUCGCCUCUUCUCACUGUGCUGUACCCACUAGCAUCCAUCGUGUUGGUCAAAUUGGAGGCCCAACAACAGAAAAGGGAAUGUGGAACAAGCAGGAAUGGUUUCCAUCCUUGGUUGCAACCUCCAAAACUAUAAAACAGCUUCCAUCAUCCCUUGGCACGGUAUCAGUGGAGUGGAUUCCCGUGGACACCAUUUCACGAAUAAUCAUCGAUAUAAUUCGGUCAAGGAGAAAGACAGAAGAGGAAGUUCGUUGUGCUGCUUUCCAUCUAGUUAACCCAACCGCCUCCGCAUGGGAGUCUCUUAUACCAGCUAUUGAGAAACAUUUCCCUGUGGCGAUUGUUGAACCGCGAACCUGGAUUGCUAGCCUUGAGGCCAUUGCGAACCCAACACAGAGAGAUCUUCAGCAGAAGCCGGCAUUGAAGAUUCUUGACUUCUUUCGCAGCGUUUUCGCUGCGGGAAUUGAUGGUCAUGGUAAGCCUGCGGUCCUAGAAACUCACAAGACACAGGAAGCGAGCAUAACGAUGCAACGGCUUAAGCCAAUUGACCAAGAGAUUAUGAAUACCUGGAUGUUGCAAUGGCAGUUCUGA